UGGCAUGCGUGGAAGGGGCCGAGCCUUCCGUCCAGAGGGUUAACGGGCUGUGGCAGCCAGAGGGAGCAGUAGUGGGAGAGGCCCCUUGGCAUUCUCCUGCAGACCCCGGAAGGUCUCUCAGGGAUCAAAAGGUGAGCCUGGCCCAGAAUGGGGGACUCCAGGGACCUUUGCCCUCACCUUGACUCGAUAGGGGAGGUGACCAAGGAGGACUUGCUGCUCAAAUCUAAGGGAACCUGUCAGUCAUGCGGUGUUGCUGGACCGAACCUGUGGGCCUGUCUCCAGGUCGCCUGCCCCUACGUUGGCUGUGGAGAGUCCUUCGCUGACCACAGCACCAUUCACGCACAGGUGAAAAAGCACAACCUGACGGUGAACCUGACCACGUUCCGGGUGUGGUGUUAUGCCUGUGAGAGGGAGGUGUUCCUGGAGCAGCGGCUGGCGGCCCACCCGCCAGGCCCCUCGCCCAAGUUCUCGGAGCAGGACGCCCCGCUGCCCUCCCACCCUCUGAAAGCCGUCCCGAUUGCUGUGGCCGAUGAGGGAGAGUCCGAGUCAGAGGACGAUGACCUGAAACCUCGAGGCCUCACGGGCAUGAAGAACCUGGGGAACUCCUGCUACAUGAAUGCUGCCCUGCAGGCCCUGUCCAAUUGCCCUCCGCUGACCCAGUUCUUCUUGGAGUGUGGAGGCCUGGUGCGCACGGACAAGAAGCCAGCCCUGUGCAAAAGUUACCAGAAGCUGGUCUCUGAGGUCUGGCACAGGAAACGCCCAAGCUACGUGGUUCCCACCAGCCUGUCCCACGGGAUCAAGUUGGUCAACCCGAUGUUCCGAGGCUAUGCCCAGCAGGACACCCAGGAGUUCCUGCGCUGCCUGAUGGACCAGCUGCACGAGGAGCUCAAGGAGCCAGUGGUGGCGGCAGCGGCGGCCCUGACAGAGGCUCGGGACUCAGACUCGAGCGACUCAGAUGAGAAGCGCGAGGGCGACCGGAGCCCAUCAGAGGACGAGUUCCUGUCCUGUGACUCAAGCAGUGACCGGGGUGAGGGCGAUGGGCAGGGGCGUGGCGGGGGCAGCUCGCAGGCCGAGACGGAGCUGCUGAUCCCAGACGAGGCGGGCCGCGCCAUCUCCGAGAAGGAGCGGAUGAAGGACCGCAAGUUCUCCUGGGGCCAGCAGCGCACAAACUCGGAGCAGGUGGACGAGGAUGCCGACGUGGACACUGCCAUGACUGCCCUUGACCACCAGCCCACGGACGCUCAGGCACCGUCACCGCGGUCUGCCAGCCCCUGCCGCACGCCAGAGCCAGACAACGAGGCCCACAUGCGCAGCGCCUCUCGCCCCUGCAGCCCCGUCCACCACCACGAGGGCCACGCCAAGCUGGCCAGCAGCCCUCCUCGUGCGAGCCCCGUGAGGAUGGGACCAUCAUACGUGCUCAAGAAAGCCCAGGUCUUGAGCGCCGGCAGCCGCAGGCGGAAGGAGCAACGCUACCGCAGCGUCAUCUCCGACAUCUUCGACGGCUCCAUCCUCAGCCUCGUGCAGUGCCUCACUUGUGACCGGGUGUCCACCACGGUGGAGACAUUCCAGGACCUGUCGCUGCCCAUUCCUGGCAAAGAGGACCUGGCCAAGCUCCACUCGGCCAUCUACCAGAACGUGCCGGCCAAGCCAGGAGCCUGCGGGGACAGCUACGCCGCCCAGGGCUGGCUUGCUUUCAUCAUGGAGUAUAUCCGAAGGUUCGUGGUAUCCUGUACCCCCAGCUGGUUUUGGGGGCCAGUUGUCACCCUGGAAGACUGCCUCGCUGCCUUCUUCGCUGCCGAUGAGCUGAAGGGUGACAACAUGUACAGCUGUGAACGGUGUAAAAAGCUGCGGAACGGGGUGAAGUACUGUAAGGUCCUGCGGUUGCCUGAGAUCCUGUGCAUCCACCUGAAGCGCUUCCGGCACGAGGUGAUGUACUCAUUCAAGAUCAGCAGCCACGUCUCCUUCCCGCUCGAGGGCCUCGACCUGCGCCCCUUCCUCGCCAAGGAGUGCACGUCCCAGAUCACCUCCUACGACCUCCUCUCGGUCAUCUGCCACCACGGCACGGCAGGCAGUGGUCACUACAUCGCCUACUGCCAAAACGUGAUCAACGGGCAGUGGUAUGAAUUCGAUGAUCAGUACGUCACCGAGGUCCAUGAGACGGUGGUGCAGAACGCCGAGGCCUACGUCCUCUUCUACAGGAAGAGCAGCGAGGAGGCUGUGCGGGAGCGGCAGCAGGUCGUGUCCCUGGCUGCCAUGCGGGAGCCCAGCCUGCUACGCUUCUAUGUGUCCCGAGAGUGGCUCAACAAGUUCAACACCUUCGCUGAGCCAGGGCCCAUCACCAACCACACCUUCCUCUGCUCCCACGGAGGUGAGGGCGCCCUCUCUGUGGCUGGAGUACAGGGUGGGUGGGCCGAGCCCCCAGCUCUCCCUCCCUCUGCCUUCCUCCGCAGGCAUCCCGCCCAACAAAUACCACUACAUCGACGACCUGGUGGUGAUCCUGCCACAGAACGUCUGGGAGCACCUCUACAACAGGUGGAGAUCGAGGCGCUGGCCAAGCGCAGGCGGAUUGAGAUCGACACCUUCAUUAAGCUGAACAAGGCGUUCCAGGCGGAGGAGUCACCCAGCGUCAUCUACUGCAUCAGCAUGCAGUGGUUCCGGGAGUGGGAGGCCUUCGUCAAGGGGAAGGACAAUGAGCCCCCUGGGCCCAUUGACAACAGCAGGAUCGCACAGGUCAAAGGAAGCGGCCACAUCCAGCUGAAGCAGGGAGCUGACUACGGGCAGAUCUCAGAGGAGACCUGGGGCUACCUGAGCAGCCUGUAUGGCGGCGGCCCCGAGCUUGCCAUCCGGCAGAGCGUGGCCCAGCUCCAGGACUCGGAGAGCUUGCACGGGGAGCAGAAAAUUGAAGCCGAGACCCGGGCCGUGUGACUUGGGGGGACAGUCUGCCUCCGCCCUCGCCCUCCUGCCUGUGGAGGGUGCGUUUGUACUCGGAAGAGAGGCCAGCCGCUUCGGAAAUGCAGAUGCGUACAGAGGCAGCAAAGUUGUUUUGGUUCACAGUGAGUAAUGCUGCAGCCAGGAAAUAUAUCCACUUCCGUCUUGUUGACACCACCACGGCUCCAUGAUGUUAACUUGGGUCUUUGUCCUGGAAGUGCCCACACGUCACUGUCGUCGUUGUUUCCCCCAAACCCGCCCUCUCACUCGAUUGGGCCCGGCUUUUGUCCCUGGAGCUCUCAGGGGCUGUGGCCUUGGGACGGAGGGGUGGAGAGUAGCUGCUGCUUGCCGGGCAUCCCCCAGGCGCCUGGUCCAGCCAGCACCAGGACUCGCAGGCAGACGGUCAGAGUGGCGGGCAGAGUGCCGAGCGCUCGGGCAGUGAGGAUGCUGCUGCUUGUCACUGGAGCCAGUUCCUACGAGGCCCCGCUUCACCCCUGCACCUCCUGUUUGUCACAGAAAGGCUCCUGAAUCCUGGCUGCUGUCAGUGUUUGUCCUACAGACUCCCGACUCCGGACUCCUUCGUGAUGGGGACCCGAAGGCGGGGGUGGAUUUCUGUCAGAAGGGGUUGUUCCUGGAGGCAGCCGGCCUCCUCUCCCCCUGUGCUGCUGAGCUGGCCCCAGGGAUUGGCUGUAACUCGCCUCUGCUAGGGAGCGGGAUGAUGAAACAGGAGUACCUCGCCUUGCUCUCAUUUGCUGUUAACGCAGCUUCCCUGGUGGCUGACGCCAGAGAAAAUGUACUUCCCCUUUCUCCCCAGCACCGAGCUGGGUAGAGCCCUGGCCCAGGGAGGGGUGGCAUUGGGGCAGCUCUCGCACGCACGGCCCGGAAUUGUGUCUUCUGGAUGCUGAGCGAGGCGGCUGCUGAGCGCAGGGACCACCAGGCACAGGAGUCUGAGUCUUGCCUCCACUGGCACUGAAGCCCUGGACGAGGCAGCUGGGGAAAGAUGCUCACCUCGUCAGGGCCGAAGCAACGGGGGGUUGGGAAGGGUCCCAGGAUGAGACCCCCCAAAACCGUGGCCUUCAGUCUCUAGAAGCAGGCUUUGGCGGAAAUUCCAGCAGGCAGUUCUGGCAGGGUCCCUUCGAGCUCUCGCAAACACGGUGCUCGCUUCUGUGAUCUCGGGUUACGGACUCUGGUCCCUUCCCCACCGAGGUGCACGUGAGCAAAGAGCAAGCCACUGCUGGGAUUUCUUGACAUGUGCCACAGUCCUUUGAAAGUUGCUUCUGCAGCCAGCGGCGCCCCCCUGCAGAGCUGGCGGCUGCAUGCUGCACUGUGGGUGUCGCAGGGAUCCCGCUGUGCAGGUUGUAAUCCCACCCCACGUCUGUGUGGUCUCGUUUGUGUUCAGAAUGUCAUAAUAAAUACAUACGCGUUCCCCACA